AUGACUGUCCUGACGUUCUCUUUUUACAGAUACAAAGCUAUACCCGUCUGGCGCCUUGAUCAAGUUGCUGCACUCCUCGGUGCCUUUCAUUGGAUCAACCCAGGAUCAAUUCAGAGAAACUUGCUUGGCAACCGUAUGUUCUGGCCAUACCUCUGCCUGCCCAAGAUUGCUGUGAGAUUGAAUGGAGAUUGGGAAGAAGAUCUACGGAGUGAAGCCACGACGGAGUCGGAAACUAUGAACAUCAGGGAAGCUGUCUGGAAUCAAUGUCACGGUCUCUUGCAAUCAUCACAUGCAACCGGCGAGGAGACCCCACCAAUUCCAUACGGAGCUGAAACAAGCUGGGAAUGCCUGCCUUUACAAUUGUUGAGGGAGGUCUACGUCGUCGAUGAACUUCAUAGUACCGACUGGCAACACCAAUAUGUCACACCGGUGGAGGAACUUCCGUCACGUCCGACUUACGCCGAAAUCAACGAUGGAGCCGAUAUGACCAUCCCCGAUAGCGAUUCAGAGCAUGUCUACAUGGUCCCUUCCCCUGAUAUCACUAUCGAAGAAGAGACCAUGUGA